AUGGGGUCUGCUUGGGCCCAGAGACCCUUGACGGGAGUUCUCUGGCUGCAUGUACUCUGGGUACUUCUCUGCCUUGUCUGCUGCUCCCAUGGCCCCCCAAAAUGGCGCUUCACAUCUUCUGAGGUUGUGAUUCCCAAGAAGGUACCCCAGAGGAGGGGUGAAAUUAAAAUGCCAAACCAGCUUGCCUACAGCAUUCGCUUCCGGGGACAAAGACAUGUGAUCCACAUGAAGCUCAAGAAGAACUUGAUACCCAGACAUUUUCCUGUUAUUACUAAUAAUGACCAAGGAGCCAAUCAGGAGGACUACCCAUAUGUCCCUCAAGAUUGUUACUACUACAGCUAUCUGGAAGGGGUUCCUGGGUCCGUGGCCACCCUGGACACCUGCUAUGGAGGGCUGCGUGGCAUGCUGCAGGUGGAUGACUUCACUUAUGAAAUCAAACCAUUGGAGGCUUCUUCCAAAUUUGAGCAUGUGGUUUCUCUGCUUGUGUCAGAAGACAGAGCAGAUGAAGAUGAAAGGUGUAAAAUUGAAGAGGAAGAGACAAAUCAAAUACCUGAAGAGGUAAACUUAGCUGAAAGUCCUAGAGCAGGCCCUGUUUAUUUGUGGCGAUCACACAUGAAACACAUGAAGCUUCAUUUCACAAUUAGUAGUUCAGUAUAUUCGCAGAAUCAAAAUCAGACCCAGAUAAUAGAAAAUGUAGUGAUUAUAAAUAAUAUCCUGGAUUCCAUUUUCAGACCAGGCAAUUUAUAUUCCAACAUACGUAUUCUGUGCAUUUGGGAAAAAGAGGAUACAUUUAACAUGAAACCAUACAACCAUGCUUCUACGGCUACACAUGAAUUUGGUUUAUGGAAAUUUUAUAAUCUGUGGAAAGUUUUUACACAUGACACUUCAAUACUUUAUCUAGGAUAUAUGGUAGGAGGUUCGAAGUAUUAUGCCUCCCAUUCUGGCUUCUGCAACCCCAAUUGGGGAGCAGCAUAUGUGUAUUUUGAAAACUAUCACAUAUUUAAGAUCGCAGCUGUUACGGCACAUGUAAUUGCUCACAACAUGGGCAUAGCUCAUGACGACCCUUCAUGUGUUUGUUUUCGAAGACAUCGUUGUGUUAUGAAUUCAAUACCUGGUCUUCUAGAUAUGUUUAGCAAUUGUUCUUAUGAUAGGUUGCAUUGGAUGGUACAUAGAUGGGAUCCUUGCUUGAGUCUACCUAAUAAACCAUACUCCAAUUUUCCUUAUAUUGCUAAUCGUUGUGGAGACAAGGAUGUAAAUUCGAAUGAACAAUGUGACUGUGGCUCCCUUAAGGAGUGUGCCAAUAACUCUUGUUGUUCUACCAACUGUGCCUUCACUUCUGGCAGUACAUGCGAUACUGGAGGUUGCUGCGAUCAUUGUAAAUUCGCUAGUGCAGGAAUGCUUUGCAGAGAUGUACAUGGUAUUUGUGACCUUCCAGAGUACUGUGAUGGGACAGGGAAUAAUUGCCCAAAUGAUUUAUAUGUCCAGGAUGGAACCCCAUGUUCACCACUCUCUGUUUGUGUGAGAGGAAACUGCAGUGACCGUGAUUUGCAGUGUCAAGCCCUUCUUGGAUACCAAGUAAAAGAUGCUUUACCAAUGUGCUAUGAAAAAUUGAAUGUAAUAGGUGACCGAUUUGGAAACUGUGGGCUUAAGUUCGUAAGAGGGGGAACUAAACCUAUGAAAUGUGAAAUAGAUGAUGUUUUAUGUGGAAUGUUGCACUGCAGUAAUGUUCAACAAGUUCCUGGUGUAGCUGAGCACAGCACAUUUCAUCACAUAUAUGUAGGUGACGCUAAACUGGAAUCAUGCUUUGGAUUUGAUACACAUUAUGGUGAAGAACUACCAGAAGUGGGACUUGUAGUGGAUGGUGCAACCUGUGGCCCUGGACAAUACUGUUUAAAUAAAAACUGUACUUUUCAUCGGGAUUUUCCUUUUACCUGUGAUGUGAAGACAUGCAAUUACAAAGGUGUGUGCAACAAUCUGGAAAAGUGUCACUGUUUGAGGGGUUGGAAACCACCAGACUGUGAACAGAAAGGAACAGGUGGCAGUGAAGACAGUGGCCCUCCACCAGAUAAAGAGUUAUCUAUGAAAGCCAAAAUUCAAGUCACUGUAAACAAGGGACUAGUUGUAAUCUUAUCUCGAAUCACUGCUUUUCUUCUUGUAAUUUGUAUUGGUGCAGCUAUAAAAGCAAAAAUAACUGCAGAUGCGAAGAAAAAGGCUAAACCUCCUAAGAAAUGA